UCCGUGUCUUAACAAUUGUAAGCAUUUUAUUAUUAAUUAGUCAUGAUAAGAAAUACAAGACAAUUUCCAUUAAAAUUAUUAAAAUGCAGUCUAACGGUCUAGCAAAGACACAAUUCUUUAAAAGUAUGAAUGUAUUUGUGAAUGAGCAACCUUUCAUAAGGUAAUACUCACAAGUCAGGCAAAAGAGUAAAUAAACAAAAGUUCAGGAUGAGACAGAUUCUCAGUGUAAUUUUAAAUUUCAAAGGAGCACGGUGCUACUGUACAGGUGUAGGUCGUUAUCUAAGAAUGGAAGAUGUUUUGAAAAAUAUUUUCUAUUCGUCAGUUGAUGCUGUUAAACCAAGAACUCUCAUAUCUGGAAAUAAGUUUCUUGUACACAUAACUAGUGGAAGUAAAGAGUUAAUCGAGAUAAAUCAUCAAAACAAUUCUUAUCAACUUGAUAUCACCAAUAAAAAUGUCCAUAUAGUUGGAUUUGGAAAAGGUGUCCUGGGUAUUGCGGCAGAAAUCGAGCAUGUCUUGGGAAAUCGCAUUUCUGAUGGCAUAUUAAGCAUUCCUGUGGGAGCACAACAACACGAAUCAUUAUCAAGUACAACAAAACUGAAAGUUUACGAAGGAGCAGCAGGAAACCUGCCUGAUAAUGAUGCAUUGAAAGCAGCAGAAGCAAUUAAAGACCACGUUUCAAGUUUAACAAGUGAUGACAUUCUUCUAUGUCUUAUAACAGGCGGUGGUUCGGCUCUUCUUCCAUUACCUAUCGCACCAAUAACACUUGAUGAAAAAUCGACAUUAAUUAAAAAGCUGUCAAGAGCAGGAGCAACAAUUAAUGAACUGAAUAUAGUGAGAAUAGCAAUAUCGCAAGUAAAAGGCGGAAAGUUAUUGGAGAUUGGAAGGAAUGUACAUAAAAUAAUUUCAUUGAUCAUUUCUGACAUAAUAAACGAUCCAUUAGAGUUAAUAGCAAGUGGACCUACAAUUCCAUAUCAAAAACCGGCAAUAUCACCGAUAAAAAUCCUUGAGAAAUACAAUCUCAUGGGCACAUUACCACAAUCUAUAGUAAAUGUGAUACAAAAGAAUGAAGACAAUCAAGAUGUGCCAUCGAUGAUAAAUAAAAAUUCUCAAGUGUUUCUUAUCGCCAAUAAUCAUAUCGCGAUAGAGUCUGCGAUGAAUAAAGCAAAAACUUUUAAUUUGGUGCCAGUUUUUCUAUCUCAUGAGGUUCAAGGAAAUGUCAUUGAUAUUAGCAAGGCAUUAUUCGAUCUUAUUUGUUGUAUUAAAAUGUAUUCAACGUUAUCGCGUGACGAAUUUUUAAAAUCAAUUGAGCAUGUAUUGGAGAUCUUACAUGCGCAGUCAAAUUUUCAUGUUGAUUUAAUUAAUGCGUUAAAUCAAACAACAAUUAAUGGAAUUUGCAUAAUAAGUGGCGGAGAAACGACUGUUAAUGUGCGAUGUGAUGAGGGGCUUGGUGGUAGAAAUCAAGAACUUGCUUUACGUUUUACAAAGCAUUGUUAUGAUGCUAAAUCGAUGGAAUUUGAUGAUUUAUUAUUUCUAUCGGCUGGUUCUGAUGGCAUCGAUGGUAACAAUGAUGCUGCAGGUGCUGUUGGCGGUACAAAAAUUUUAUCAAAUAUGAAUGAAAAGACUUUGAAUGUAUCUGAUGUGAUGGCUGAUUAUAUUUAUAGGAAUGACUCAUAUAGUUUUUAUAAGAAUUUUAUUAAAAAUUAUGCAGGCGAUGGAUUUCACAUUCAUACUGGGAUCACGGGUACUAACAUUAUGGAUAUUCAUCUUUUACUUAUGAUAAUGCCAAAUUCGAGAUUAUCAUGAAAUGUGAUUAAUUAUUUUGUUAAGUUUUCGAAUGUUUUUUUUUUGUGGUCAGGAAGGAGAGGAUACUCAAUAUUUUAGGUUAGUUAUAGAGGCUAAGGAUUUAGGGUGUUAAUAGAGAAAUAAUAGAUUUUGUAUAUUGAAAAUUAGGAUUUUCGAUUUAAAAAAAUAAUUUUCUCAAAUUUCGAAAUUUGAAUUUUCCUCAAAUUUUGAAAAUUUUUUUGAAGAUCGAAAGUAAAUUUUUUUUUCGAAAUUUCAAGAAUUCAAAAUUUGGAAGCAACUAUUUUUUAAUGUAUAAUAUUUUUUAAAAAUUAAAUUUUAAAUUCUUUUUGAAAACUUAAAAAUUCAAAACUUAGCAAAUCAAUUUAUCAAUCAAUAAUAAUCACCCCUUGUCUUCUGUAUCUCUACAUCUGACUCUACACAUAUCUUACUAAGUCAGAUUCUCCACUCUUUUUAAUUUUUAAUGAUGCUGAUGAAGACACUGUGGAAUUUGUGUUUAGAUUGAGAAAGAAAGAUUCUUAUCAGUUCAAAAUAUCUUCUUUUUUUCUCCUUAAUAUGGGCAUAAAAAAUCGAGUCAAUGAUUUUUUAUUUGUAUUUUUUGGAUAAAAAAUUUUUCUUAUUAAUAAAACAAUAUCAAUAAAUUUCUCG